AUGUCAGACAGUAUUAUUUAUAAAUUAAGAGAUUAUAUUGCUGGUUUAGCAACAGGAUUAACGUAAAUAUUAAUAGGACACCCUUUUGAUACAAUAAAAGUUCGUUAAUAAUCUUCUGUAAAAAAUCUAACAAUAAAACAAGUAUUAUUUGAUUUAUUAAAAAACGAAGGAACAUUAGCAAUAUAUAAUGGAGUUGCUUCUCCUUUAAUAUGUACUAGCUUUUUAAUUUCUAUAUAAUUUGGUGUUUUUUAAAAUUCUUUAAAAGCUUUAUAAGAUAUAUAAAAUAGAAAAGAACUUCCAAUAUAUUAAAUAGCUCUUUGCGGUUCAAUUAGCGGUGCUGCAUGUAGUCCUAUAAUGGCUCCAAUGGAAAACAUAAGAAUUAAAAUGCAAGUAAAUAGAAAUCCAUAUUAAUAUACAAACACUUUAGAUUGUUUUAAAAGAACUUUUCAAUAGUAUGGAAUUAGAGGUAUAUAUAAAGGUUUUAAUAGUACUUUAAUAAGAGAAUUACCAGGAGAAUGUAUUUAUUUUUUAAUUUAUGAAAUGUAAAUGAGAAAAUUAAGAUAAAGUUUAUAAUAACAGCCACUUUUAUUAUAAUAUUCACCUCUUUUAGCUGGAGCAGUUUCAGGUUUGAUUUUUUGGAUUUCUGUUUUUCCUAUUGAUACUCUAAAAUCUAGAAUUUAAAGCGAUGAUAUGUAAAAUCCGUUAUUUAAAAACUUUUUGGAUUGUUUUAAAAAAACUGUAAAUAAAGAAGGCUUUGGGGCACUCUUUAAAGGAAUUAAUGUGUGUAUAAUUAGAUCUUUGCCUGCUAAUGGAUUCGGAUUUUUGGCUUUUGAGGAGACAAAAAAAUUAAUAGAAAUUUCUUACAGUUAAGCAAUUAAAAUACAUUGA